AUGUUGCCGCAACCAGUAGGAAUAACACACCAUGGUAACAUGAUGGUGUCUGAAUUUGCUCUAGCAUCAAUCGUAUACUUUCUUGUUGUUCUUGGAUUUGUGUUUCCCCCUCCUGAGUUUUAUGGGAUUGGACUGACAGUGGAGUCUAUGUUUCGCUCAAUGCUUGGUGAUGAAGCAAUGCAUUUCACUGAAUAUCAUAUGCGACUAACAUCAGCUCGACUGUUGAUGCACUGCUGGGUUAUUCCUAACUACUACUUGUGCUCAGCCAUUAUAUUUGAAGUAGUUGAGCUGAAUCUGACUUACUUGCUUCUCAGCAGCUCUCCUCUCAUAUUGGCGUGUAUUUUUUCAUUUUACUGGUAUUCUGGAGGCUCAUGGAAAAACCACCCUCUAGCUAAAACCCUGGCAGCACAUGCGUCUCACUCCCGCGACUGGGUCAACGUCUCAGAUGCUCUAGCCACAGAAUUCAGGAGAGUGGACAAGUUUGUGCAUGGCAGAACCUGGGGUAAAGUCGUGGUCACUGACAACUGGAUAAUAAGAUGUGGUCUCUAUGUGAUCAAUGUUGCUUAUCAACCUGACGUUCACAUGUCAAUACAGUCAACAACCGAGCACAUCAAUCCAGAAACUCGCCUCACCACACAGUUUAUCAACAUCAACGUCUCCUCUGUAAAUGCUGCCUCGUCUGACUUUAGGAUAAGACUCAAUUCCACAGAUUACAAUGACCUUUGCAACAAGGUCUCUGGAACCAUUCUUAAUGUAAGAAAUGUGGUUUUCCAUGAAACACUGACUGAGAAAUUUGAAGAAGCGUUUAAAGAAGAAGUCACUCAAAACGGGCUGUUUCAGACAGACAGAGAAAGGGAGGAAUGUAUUGGAUGUCUUUACGCCUUAUCUGAUGUUAAGAUAUCCAAGUUAUGUGAUGAGGCAAGUGUUGGGGACUGUAAGCACUGUUUGUGUAGACCAAUGUGGUGUAUGAGAUGCAUGGCCAAGUGGUUUGCUAACAGACAAGACCAGAAUAGCCCUGAUAAAUGGCUCUCGGGCAAGGCCCCCUGUCCUACUUGCCGCAGCAAGUUUUGUUUGAGAGAUGUGCAGUUCAUUGCGAGUUGAGAAGGUACAUUGCGGUGUAGGCAUACAUCUGCAUGGUGUUCAUUAUUGCUUAUAGUGUUCUAGUUAGCUGUCUUGGAAACAUUGCAUUGUCCUCAUAGUUAGCACUAACCUCCUUCAAAAGGUUUAUUUUCAUUGCAUGGCAAAGAAUGACACUUUGAUGCUACAGUCGAUUUUUUUAUGAAUGUGACGUCGUUUUAGGAAUUUUAAAAUUUUAUACUCUUUAGAGUGAUUAGGUAAUUUUAUAUUGCAUUGGGUACAGACAAUGUAAUUAAUUAGAUUAAAUAUAAUGCUAGUCUUCAUAUGUAUGGGGUAUGUUAGAUAAUGACAAUAAUUUCUAUUGUAAUUUUGUUACUUAACAACGGUUGUAAAAAUAUCGAUACCAUUCUUAAUGCUUGAAAUCACAUUUAAAAUGUUUUGAAUUUUAAAUUUGAGAAUGCAAAGAUUAAACUUAUUAAAUUUUAGGGAUUAUUUCUAAUAAGAUUUUAUAGUUUAUUGAUAGUUUCUGUUAAUAACUCUUAAACAAAUUACAACAGAUCAGAUUGAAGUUCCGUUUUAUUGUCCUGUCAUUGACUUGCCAGCUGACACGAUACCUUCACCUAGAAAUAAAAGUUUUAAGAAGUAAAUCUAGAAGUAACAAAUUAUCUAAGAUAUUAUUAGACUACUUAUAUUAUUAGACUAACUAGAUUCCAAACAAUAUAUUUCGACAGCUCUUACUCGCAUGUUGUAUUUAUAACACCAAGUUGGCAACUAUUUUUCUGGAUUAUAUUUCCUCAAUAAUAAUCUAAAUUUCAACAGUGGGCCCUUUCAUUUUGGAAAAACGUUCUCAGAAAUUGGAACUCAAAAGCUAAGAAAGUUAACUUUU